AUUCGCUCUACAAAUAGGGAAGGUUGAUGAAUGUAGCACCAUCAGAGCCACUUCAAUCUCUCAAUUUCUACGUUUUAGAGAAUGGAGUCCUCACAUAUCAGUCUUAGGGUAUGUUGGUCAUUUAUCCUACUCCAUGCAAUCUUCCUCAACUCCUCUUCACUGGCGGAGUCUACAAAUGAGACCGAUCGACUCGCAUUGCUCGCAUUCAAAGAUAGUAUUUCUGAAGAUCCUAACGGUAUAUUGAGCUCAUGGAACCAUUCUCUCCAUUUCUGCCGAUGGAUGGGAGUCAGCUGCAGUCGCCGCCAUCAUCAAAGGGUCACUAUCUUGAAUCUCACGGGCCACAGCUUGGUGGGCCACUUAUCAUCUCACAUCGGAAAUCUCUCUUUCCUAAGAAGAAUCAAUCUCUCCAAAAACAAAUUCCAAGGCGAAAUCCCUCAAGAAAUCGGCCGUCUGUUCCGUCUUCAGAUUCUCAACCUGACUGAAAAUUCACUCCAAGGAGAAAUUCCAUCCAAUCUUAGCCACUGCUCAGAACUCCUAACCAUUCACAUGAACCGGAAUCAGCUCGUUGGAAGACUUCCCGCCGAGCUUGGUUCUUUGUCAAAGCUCAUUUAUCUUGCCGUCGCUUUCAAUAAUCUCAAAGGAAGCAUUCCACCUUCGUUUGGGAACCUUUCCUCUCUCAAUUUCCUUGAUCUAGGAAUUAACAAUUUUGAAGGGCAAAUUCCAAACCAGCUUGGUCAUUUGGCAAGCGUGACCUUUAUUGAAAUAGGUGGAAAUCAGUUCUCAGGUACGAUUCCAUCAUCGAUUUAUAAUCUCUCAUCUCUCCAGCUGUUCGGGGUGGCAAAUAACAGGCUACGUGGAAGCAUUUCACCCAACCUGGGCCUUGCCUUUCCACGGCUACGAUGGCUUCUUCUAGGAGAAAACCAAUUCACUGGAGCAAUUCCAAUUUCAUUAUCCAAUGCUUCAAGUCUCAGACUUGCUGAUUUCAGCGCCAACAGUUUUAGUGGAUCCGUGCCUGUGAAUCUAGGAAGUCUUUCGGAUCUUGACCGUUUCAAUGUCGAGAGUAAUCAGCUUGGAAGUAUGGAGGGUGAUGACCUGAGAUUCCUCACUUCACUGACCAACUGCACUAGUUUAAAAAUUAUAGGUGCAGGUUCUAAUAAUCUCUACGGUGAGUUGCCUGGCUCCAUUGCUAAUCUCUCAACACAGCUAACCUUUCUGAGUUUGGGAGAAAAUAAAAUAUUUGGAAUUAUUCCCAAGGGAAUUGAGAAUCUCAUCAACUUGUAUGCUUUGGCUCUGGGAGUGAAUUCCUUGGAGGGUACUCUUCCAGAUGCUAUUGGGGAGCUUAACAAGUUGCAAGUCUUGAGUCUCUCUGUAAACAAAUUUUCAGGUCGAAUCCCACCUUCAAUUGGUAAUAUUACUCGAUUGAGCAGACUUUAUUUGCUUGGAAAUGAUUUCCAUGGAAGUAUACCGUCGAGUUUUGGAAAUUGGGGAUUUAUGGAAUCAUUGAUUAUUUCUCAAAAUAAAUUCAAUGGUACCAUACUCAAACAAGUUGGUGCGGCUAAAAUCGACAUGUCUGGUAACUCAUUCACUGGGUCUCUCCGGCUGGAAGUUGAUAACUUAGAAAAUAUUAGGGAAAUGGACGUCUCUGAGAAUAAACUAUCAGGUGAAAUUCCAGAUACGUUGGGAAAGUGUCAAAGCAUGGAGUUGCUUUAUAUGCAUGGAAACUUGUUUCAAGGAACAAUUCCAGAGUCUCUAAAGAAUUUAAAAGGUAUCAAAGUGCUAGAUCUUUCGCGCAAUAACUUGUCUGGGCAGAUUCCAAAGUAUUUCGAAGAAUUUCAUUUCUUAGAGUAUUUGAAUUUGUCAUUUAAUAAUUUUGAGGGUGAAGUGCCCAAAGGAGGGAUCUUUAGAAAUGCCAGCGCAAUUUCAGUUGAUGGAAAUAGAAAACUCUGUGGAGGUAUACCAGAACUACAAUUGCCAGGGUGCCCUAAGCAAGCUUCUAAGAACAGAGGAAAGCCUCUUUCUCCCAGAGUAAAAGUCACAAUCAUUACUGUGGUUUUAUCUUCGUUUCUCCUGUCAUCUAUCAUUGCAGCUCUUUAUUGGAGAAGAAAUUCUUCAAAGAGAGCUUCUUCUCCAUCUUCCACAGAGAAUCAGUUGUUACAAGUUUCUUAUGCAGAUCUCCUUCAAGCAACUGAUGGGUUUUCUUCGGCUAAUUUAGUUGGUGUGGGAAGUUUCGGUUCGGUAUAUAAAGGAGUUCUAGAAUGCUUUGAAACACUUGUUGCAGUGAAGGUACUCAACCUCCGACAGCAAGGAGCUUUUAAGAGUUUUGCAGCUGAAUGUGAAGCCUUCAGAAACAUCCGACAUCGAAAUCUUGUGAAGAUCUUAACGGUUUGCUCGAGCAUUGAUUUUAAUGGCAAUGAUUUCAAAGCUCUAGUGUUUGAGUAUCUGCCUAAUGGUAGUCUGGAGAAGUGGUUGCAUCCAAAUGUAGAUGAACAACUUCAACUGAGGAAUUUGAAUCUUACGCAAAGGCUAAAUAUAGCCAUUGAUGUUGCUUUGGCAUUGGAUUAUCUUCAUCAUCAUUCCCAAACACCGAUCGUUCAUCGUGACCUAAAACCAAGCAAUGUUCUUCUUGAUGAUGAUAUGGUUGCCCAUGUGGGUGACUUUGGUUUAUCAAGGUUCCUCGAUGAAGCUGCAGAAAGUUUCUCUCAAAAUCAAACUAGCACAUUUGGGAUCAAGGGAUCAAUUGGGUACAUUCCUCCAGAGUAUGGGAUGGGCGGUAAGGCAUCCACACAUGGAGAUGUAUAUAGUUAUGGGAUCUUUCUCCUGGAGAUGAUCACUGGCAAGCGGCCAACUGAUGACAUGUUUAAGGACAAUCAGAGCCUUCAUCACUUUGCUAAGUCAGCUUUUCCCAAACAAGUAAUGGAGAUCAUAGAUCCGACACUUCUCUUAGAAAAUGCUGAAGCUACUCAAGACAGUGAAAAUCGUAACAAUUUGAGAAAUAGAAUGCAUGAUUGCUUGGUUUCAUUGGUCAGCGUUGGUGUAUCGUGUUCCGUAGAAUCGCCAAAAGAACGAAUGGAGAUGAAAGACAUUGUCAUGGAAUUGCAUGCAAUUAGAGACUUAUAUCUCGAGGUUGGAAUUCACCGGCAGAGAUAAAAUAGGCCUUAUUGUUAGGUGAAGGUUCAUCUUACCUCAGUAACUACUAAGAUUACAUUUGAAGUUACAUUGAAGAAGAUUCCGACAUAAAAUAAAAUUGCUUGAUAUUUUUCUAAGCAGCUCUAGAUAUAUAUUGUUCUAGUUUUGAAUCUAUGGGAAAUAUGUUCGUUUCCUUUAUUUUAUCUUGUUUAAGACAGGUAGAUUGUAUUAUAAAUAUCAGGAGAAGAAAUACUUCUCAAAAUAAAGAGAAUAAUGGGUACCCCAUCCUAUUAAGUA